GUUUGGAAAGUAUACGUACUUGAAGCCUUGGCCUCUUUCCCGCUAUUACGAAAAAAAAGUGUAGACCCGUAUCCUCCUCACGGUGGCGAUGAUCUUGUGUUUGAGUGUGUACACAACCACACCAUGGCGGGCGUGUGGAGGUAUUCCAGUCCAUCAACUACAAGGACAACACUACAAACAAUGUAACAAACGCCUUAUAAAGCCGAAAGAUGGACUGCUGUCCAAGGAAGGUUCGUACAACAAUGGACGACUGCGAUGUCGCUUCAGACAUGAUAACAGGGUGAACAAUGAGGAGCUGACCAACUAUGGAUUGAUUUUUCUUCCAUGGAGGUUGCUUAUGGCUCGCGGUCCAUCACACAAAGGGAACAUUCUGCCACAUGAUAUCGUCGUCGGUCACCUGCCGCUUGCCUCCCCUGAGGAAGUGUCACUGGACGUUGGGGCUGACAUCACAGGGCGCGCCAGGUACCAUCUUGUGAAGGCGCACGCUUGCCUGAUGCUACUAGCGUGGAUCUUCUUUGCUCCCAUUGGCCUUAUCUGGAUGAAGUACUACACCACCAUGUGGCCUAACAGCCGCUUCCUGGGACAAAAGUACUGGCUUGUGACCCAUUUCAACUGCACGGUGUGGGUGGUGAUCCUGGUGAUAAUCAGUGUGAUCCUGAUCUUUAUCGAGGCUGGAGGCUGGAGCUAUUUUCACGAGUUACUGCAGAAAGCACAUCCUAUUCUGGGCAUUAUCGUCUUCAUCUGCAUCAUUGUCAUACCUAUACUGUUCCCGAUCAGGUGUCCUGAAGACCACACCUGUCGGCCAAUCGGAAACUGGUUUUACUGGCUCUUCUGGACUAUUGCCUUCUGUCUGGCUGUGGUGAAUCUAUUUAUUGGCAUGGAGUUUGGCAAGGCGAUGGUUCCCUGGUGGCUGACAUGGAUCAUCUGCAUCUUCUUCCUCUUCAACUUUGUCUGUGAAAUCAUCCUGGAGGUGCACCAAUGCUGCACCCACAAGAAAAACAAAGAGAAUAGGAAAAAGUGGGAGCUGCAGAAGAAAGAAAAUCCUAAUGUACACAUUCCUGAACCCUGGCCUGCUGUAAGUACACUUAGUAACCAUGUCAUGUCGGUUUACAUGGUUGCAUAUGGUCCGCCGUAA